GAAAUUACUGCCCGCGUGCAGUGACUGUGGGCCUGGGGCGGUGCAGGAGCAGUAUAAAAGUGGGUCCUGCACCUCACUCUCGCAUCCACUCCUCUCACCUCCGACUUGUUGGAACUGAGCUGCAGCUCCAGCCACAAGACAUGUCCUGCUACAACCCGUGUCUGCCCUGCCAGCCCUGUGGCCCAACCCCACUGGCCAACAGCUGCAAUGAGCCCUGUGUCCAGCAGUGCCAGGACUCCAGAGUUGUCAUUGAGCCCCCAGCUGUGGUGGUGACCCUGCCUGGCCCAAUCCUCACCUCCUUCCCGCAGAACACCGCCGUGGGCUCCUCCACCUCCGCUGCCGUUGGCAGCAUCCUCAGCUCUCAGGGAGUGCCCAUCAACUCCGGGGGCUUUGGCCUGUCUGGCUUGGGCAGCGGCAUCUGCGGCACGAGGAGGUGUUUCCCCUGCUAAAGCUGAUGGUGAUGGCCCUGGGGAAGGAAACCAGAGACCCACCAGAUAGGGCUGGACUGAAGACAAAGCAUCAGGUUGUUCCUUUGAGAAGGGCUGAGCAACCCCAGCAGCUCUUGCAAAAGGACAGGGCCAGCCUGCCCUCUCAGAAAGCACAGCCCGUGCUGCCUUAUCCCUCUUCCUGUGUCUCCUCUUCCUUUUCAUGUCCUUGUUCCUGUGCUCUCCUGGGCUGUGAGCCCAAUAAAACCAGCCUAGGGAGGAACUGCUGGCCCUGCUUCCUCUGUGGGAAGGAUCUGCACCACAGCCAUGGGUCACAUACUCCUGUCUGCCUCUGGUGUUCUGAGUACUGGAGCUUCUCCUCAGAGCCACCUUGCUUUCUUUUUGACUCAUUAAAGUUCUUCUGCAUUCCA